CCCACGCCAUUUUAUAAUUUUGGACAUGUUGAUUUGUUCGUGAAGAUGAUUUUCUCCACGCAGUUAUUUAGUUACUAUAAUAUUAUUCAAUAGUUUAGAUAGUGAAUCGAAUAGAAAUAACAAAUAUGGACAUGUCGGAAGUAAAAGCGUUCAAUUCGGAGUUAUCCGGAUUGUACGAUAACAAGCCGCCUAUAUCAAAGGCUAAAAUGAGUGCUAUCACCAGAGGUGCUAUAAAGGCCAUAAAGUUCUACAAACAUGUAGUACAUAGUGUGGAAAAGUUCAUACAAAAGUGCAAACCAGAAUACAAAGUACCUGGUUUAUAUGUGAUAGAUUCAAUUGUCCGGCAAUCUAGACAUCAGUUUGGGCAAGAUAAGGAUGUAUUCGCUCCCAGGUUUGCAAAAAAUAUGCAACAAACCUUCGCAAACUUGUUUAGAUGCCCCCCUGAAGAUAAGCGCAACAUCAUCCGAGUGUUGAACCUGUGGCAGAAGAACAAUGUGUUCAGCUCACAAGUCAUCCAGCCGUUGCUGGACAUGGCCGAUCCUAACCAUCCACUACACCAGGAGGUCCUCGCGCAGCAGAAUAAUACUGCUAAUGGUAGCAGUCUAAAUGUGACACAUAAUUCGGACAAGAAUUCUCCCGCACCAGCUCCAUUGCAUACUCCUCCAGACUCCUCUCCGAUGGGUGAUCAGUUCCAAGACCAGCCAUCCAAUCAGUCGGGAGUGAAAUUCAACCGGAAACUUCUCAACGACUUUGAGUACGAGAGCGAAGACGAGCCGGUGCCGGUGGAGCCCACGCCGCCCCCGCAUUCCGCGCCGCUCCAGUCUCACCACAACCAGAGUCAUCAGAGUCACCAGAGCCAUCAGAGUCACCAGGGUCAUUCGCAUCAGCAACAUCAACCGCAUCAGACGAUCACGGGUCAAAAUCCGGCAGACGUUCUUGGAAGCAUCCUGACAAAUCCCGAAAUCAUGAGGCAGUUGCAAAGUUUACAGCUCAUGACAGGAAUGCAGAUACCCAAUCUAAUGCCCAUGAUGAAUGACAUGCAAAUGCAACACAACCAGAACCAAAAUCUUCCAUUCUUGAAUUCUCAGUCGGAACAACAAAAGCAGACUGAACCCAAAGACGACAUGGCCAACGAAUCUGAUAUAGAAUUCGUCGAGACCGGACCUCAAGUCAUAGAGAUUCCAGACGUGAAUGAUUCAAGGAGCCCGUCGCCGGCGGGCCGGCGGCACCGCUCGCGCUCGCGCUCCCCGCGGCGGCGGCGCGGCGAGCGGCGCGGCGAGCGGCGGCGGCGCGACCGCGAGCGCGACAAGGACAGGGAGAGAGAGAAGGAUCGAGAAAAGAGUUACAAAGAGAGGGAGGCGGAGAAAGAGAAACAGCGGGAAAGGGAGAAGAAAGGAUUGCCGCCCAUCAAGAAGGAAAACCUUAGCGUGUGCAGCACCACGCUGUGGGUGGGCCACCUGUCCAAGCUGGCCACGCCCGAGGAGCUGUCGGACCUGUUCGGCGCGCUGGGCGGCGUCUCCAGCAUCGACGUGGUGGCGCCGCGCGGCUGCGCCUUCGUGGUCAUGGAGCGCCGCCGCGACGCCGCCAAGGCGCGCGCCAAGCUCAACAAGCACAAGCUGCACUCCAAGGAGAUCACCGUGGCGUGGGCUCCAGGGAAAGGUGUGAAAGGUCGCGAGUGGAAAGACUACUGGGAGUCGGAGCAGGGCGUGUCGUACUUGCCGUGGGCGGCGCUGCACCAGCGCUGGGCCCUGGGGGCGCUGUCGCUGGACGCCUUGGAGGACGGCGGCGCUGUGGACGAGGAGACUCUGCCGCCUUGGCUGCCACCAAGGAUAAUCCCAAAAAUGAUGGACAAUAUGUCCAUGCUGGGCCUGCCGCCGUCGUCCGCGGCGAACAUGCUGGCAAUGCCGGCGCCCGGCAUGUCGGGCGGCAUGGCGGGCGGCAUGGCGGGCGGCAUGUCCGGCGGCAUGGCGGGCGGCAUGUCGGGCAUGCUGCCGCCCAACAUUCCGCUCCCGCAGGCCGCCAUCACCAUGCCUGUGCACAGGAUGCCUCCGCCUGGUCUUCCCGCGGGACUCCCUCCAGGGCUGCCUCCGGGGUUGCCGCCCAUGAGACCGCCCACAUUGCCAGCUGGCGUUACAGGUAUGGUAGGCGGAUUCCUAGGUGGUUUGUUGGGUGGCAUUGUUCCCGGCCUGCCUUUGAUGCCACACGCCGCUCCGCAACAGCCACAACACCAGCCCCCGGCCGCCGCCGCCGCCGACGACGCCAUGGAGCUGGACCCCGAGGAGCCCCCGGAGCCCGCCGCGCCGCCCGCGUUGCCCGACCAGCUCCAAGCCCUGCUGUCGAAGCCGCCCCCGGUCUUCAACUCGGCGGAGCCCCCCCCGGGGUUCAACAUCAACGAGCCUCCCCCAUUCAACGCAUCACAACCUCCCCCCACUGAGGAGAACAAGACAGAGGAGGAGAGGAAGUCAGACCGCGACAGGAGAGACCGAGACCGAGACCGCGACCGGCGCGGGGACCGAGACCGGAGAGACCGCGACCGGCGCGGAGACCGCGACCGGAGGGACCGGGAGCGGGACGUGAGAGACAACCGCGAUGACCGCCGCGACCGCGACCGCGACCGGGACCGGGACCGCGGCCGGGACCGACGCGACCGCGACCGCUUCCAGGGCAGGGACAGCAACAGAGAACGCAGCCGCGAUAAAUCCCCCCGCGCCAACGCCGAGAAUCCCGAGAAAUCCCUCCAGGACCGCCUGUGGGAGAUGGCCAACGGGAAGCCUCGCGACGGAGAGAAGGACUUCGAUAUUGAGCGACCCACAGACAGGGAGAGGAACACCCUCAUUGACAGGCUGCCUGCUGGGCACGAUGCACAGGCGGGCGAUGAAGAGGAGAACAAGCCGGCGCUGGCCGGAGCCCCGGGCGCCGCGCCCGAGGGCUGGGCGCCGCCGCGGGCGCCGCUUGCGGGGCCGCCCUUCAGGGCUGAGUUGAGAAUGAGAGGCCCGCCUCGACCACCGAUGCAAGGAGGGCCAUGGAUGGAAGGCCCAGUACAAGGGCCGGGGCCGGGAUUCGGGCCGCGUUUCAACGGAAUGGGCCCACCGCCGCUGUUCAACCGUCCGCCUUUCGAAAGGCCGCCUUUCGAUGGCCCAAUGUUCGACGGACCGCCGCGAUUUGAACGCCCGCCGUUCAAUAGGAUGCCUUUCGAUGGAAUGAACCGGCCGCCGUUUGAUGGCGCGAGGCCGCCUUUUGAUGGGCCCAGGCCGCCUUUCGACGGCCCCAGACCACCGUUCGACGGACCCAGACCACCGUUCGACGGUCCCAGGCAGUUCGACGGACCGUUCGAAGGGGAUAGACCGUUCGAUGGACCUCCAAGGUUUGACGGUCCCCCAGAAUUCUUCGAUAGAGGCAGGCGAUUCGACGAGCGUGAACAAUUCGGCGAUAGGGGUUGGAACGGCGACCGGGACAAUAGGGAAUGGCCCGAAAGGAGAGGGGAAUGGGAUGACCGCAGGAGGGACAGGAGGAGUAGGGAUCACGAAGACAGGUUCAGAGACCGCCAAGAUCGCCAGGACAGACCGGAUCGUCAAGACAGGACAGAUCGUUCUGCAGAUCGCAGGAGGAGUUUCGAUAAUUCCAAACAGGAAGAAAAACCGGCCAGGCCACCGCGAGAGGAAAGAAAUAGAAACAAAGAUAGGAAAUCUAGAUGGGGCGCUGCUGAAGAUGUAGUGGAACCGCAGAUCACAGAAACCGCUGAAGUCACAGCGGAGGAUAGUGAGAACAAGAAUAGUGAAGUUGUCGCUAGUCAAGAGGAACAGAUUGUACAGAAUAAUGAUAACAAUAAGGUUAAUGAAGAAACAGAUAGCAUUGAAAUGCAAAGCGAGGAGAAGCAACAUUUCGAGGAGUCUAAAGUUGAUAAAUAUGAGGACAAGGCUAAUGAUCAGGAUAGUAAUGAUUCCAUACCAAAAGAUGAAGAAAGUACAACAUUUAAAGACUCGGAGAGUAACAGUACACAAGAGGAAAGAUUUAAUGAAGUUGAAAAUCCUGGCGAACAGGAGAAUUUCAACUCCAGUAAUUACGAUAAUGAAGAAAGUAGUAAUCAGAAUAGCACUGAACCCGUAGAAAACGAACCAAUAGAAAGCGAAGCAUCCAAAGAUUCCGCACCUGAUCUAUACGACGCUAGCGAUGCCAUAGACACUAGUUUCCAACCUUCUAUGGAUACUUCUGAACCUGCAGUAGUAGAAAAACAAACUCCUACAGCUCCUGAUGAUGAUAUAUUCAGUCAAGAAAAAGGGGAAGCAAUGGAAGAAAAUGCAGAAGAAAAUGUAGUCGAAAGCAAAGAGGGAGCUUGACAUCGGAAGAAGUGGAAAAUGGGAUAUUUCCAGUGGAAAUGAUUCGGGUGACGUCUUGCCCGAGGACGACAGAGCAAGCGAAUCUUAGCUAUGCGUUCUUUUGACAUUAAACUUAAAAAAAAAGAGUUCUAAACAUAUUGCUUCAUCUUUAAACUUUAUUUGAAAUAAGAACGCAUAACUGAGAGUCGACCGUUCGCCGAAAAUAACGCCAAAGAUUUAUUUUAUAUACAAAGAUCAAAGUUGAAAUAUACGAGUGCCUUAUGGUUACCGAAAACGGUGUUUUGUUUAUCGUCGGGCUGAGAAGAGGAACCGCCUGGGCGCUCAAGUGGAGCGACCCGGGCCAGGUAUGGUCGCUCACUAUAUUUAACGCGCGUCCAGAACAAUUGCACAUCACUAUUCAAAAUGUUGCAACAUUUUUUAUAUUUCGAUUUUUAAAUUGAACAUCGUUUCUCUAUCUGUCAAAAGUUGCAACAUUCCUUUUUCAAAUGACACAGUUGUACUCGGCGGGCGUAAUUUUUUGUCGUUAUUUUAUAAUGUUGAAAUAGAGUUACAUUAUUUUGUUUUAUAUUACUGUUGAUUUUUCAAGACUAUCUGAAAUUUUUUUAACUCUAUUUCGACAUAAUUUAAUAUCGCUAGCAAUGUGUGCAAAAUACCUCGGCGUCCGUCACCCGAAUCGGCCCUGGAUUGAAGACCCAACGAAACCAAGAAGACUCAAGAACUGCGAUCAUCGACAUGUCUCUUUAAAUUCUUCUUGAUGUCUCGAGACUUUUAAUUGAUGUUUUUAUUUUAGGGCUUAACGGUUAUAUUGUACUAUGUGCUAUAUCUUUUUAUUUUGUUUCACUUAGCUUACGUAUGAAAUUGGUCACUUAUAUUCUUACGUUGUCUAAAAUCUAGAUCUAUUAUAGAAUUGAUUCGCUUUGUCUAAAAUAAAUUGGUGGGGGUAGUUGUUACGGUUUAAAAUAUCUAUUUGAUAGAUAACUAACACAUGGAUUAAUGAAAUAUAGGGUAUAUUGUAGUGAUUCAUCAUCACGUUUAGAUUUUACUUUAAAUAAUCGAUUUGAAGCGAACAUCGUGUCGUGUGUACUCACUACUCUAUUGCGUGUCGCUUGUAUAACUUUUUUUAUAAAAUUGAUAUUAUAUGGGCUCAAUUGAUUGAUUAUUUUCGAAGAGCGUUAGGUAUUAGCCCACAUGUAGAUAAGCAAUUAUAAUUUAAAUGCAUGCAACUAUUUCACUGUCAUAUUUGUACUUCAAUAAAAUUAUUUUAAGUCA